AUGCCCAUAGAGCGGACGCUGUGGCUCUCACUCGACUACGGCAGCGAUUCGUUUGUGGUGAGCGCAAGCAUAAAACUGGAUGGAGCGACGAAACGAGAAAUAUUUCGAGAAACGUCAAGCGUCUACGACCCAUUUGGGUUUCUUUCACCGGUGUUGCUACACGCAAAACUUAUCCUGCAAGCUGUAUGCAGAAAAUCGGUUGGCUGGGACGAUCAACUAGACCAGAUGACCGUCGAUGAGUGGCAACAUUGGGCCGUCUCCCUCUCGAAGCUAAAACCGCUCUCCGUCUCACGAUGUUUUAACCCAGAGCUACCAAAAGCGCAAGGUGUGGGACUUCAUCUGUUUGCUGACGCAUCCGAAUCAGCAUUUGGGGCCAUCGCCUAUCUCCGAUUUGACAAUGCCGACGGCGUAAAAGUGUCAUUUGUUAUGGCCAAGGCAAGAGUGGCACCCAUCAAAUACGUUUCGAUUUCCAGACUUGAGCUGUAUGCAGCAUUACUCGCCGCCCGUCUAGCAUCAGUGAUCAAGUCAGAACUCCGACUAAAAAUCGACCAAGCCACAUUCUGGUCGGACUCCACAACGGUUUUGAGAUGGAUCAACUCUCCACACUAUCGAUUUCAUGUUUACGUUGGAAACCGAAUAGGCGAAAUAUUGGAGCUGUCCGAAAGUAGUCAAUGGUUUUAUGUCCCUACAACUCAAAACCCAGCAGAUGACGUCAGCCGUGGCGUCACAUCCAAAGAAUUUUCCAUCGAGAAUCAUUUCUUUACCGGACCAUCUUUCCUCUAUCAAUCACCGCAAAACUGGCCGGCCUUCCCCGAUGUAAAACAGGAAAUUGACGAAACAGAGGAUCCCGAAGUUUGCUUUACGAGAUGGGUUGGUGCGACACUUCCCGUAACCGAUUUUAUUGAUCAGCUCACCACGUACAGCUCCCGCUAUCCGUUUUUAGUCGGCGUCGACGGCUACGUCAAACGUUUCAUUAAUAACGCUCGGAAAGAAAAAACCCAUCGUGAUUUCGGCAAACUAUCGGAAACCGAGGUCAAGAAUGCGAAAGCGGAAUUGUUUAGGCGCGCCCAGAUGUCUGCCUUUCCUGAAGAUUACAGUAAUAUAAAGGAGGGAAAGCAGCUCGAUCCUGGUUCAAGCCUAAUCACGUUAACGCCAUUCGUCGACCAUCAAGGAGUUUUACGGGUCGGAGGACGUAUUGAAAAUGCUCCAGUCUCACCGGAAGCUCGUCAUCCGAUGAUACUCCCAGCCGACGAAAAGGUCACCGAAUUGCUGAUUUAUAGUCUCCACCUCGAGUUCGUACACUCCACUACAGAGAGAACCUUUCACGAAUUACGUAAACUCUACUGGGUUCAACGCGGACGAAAAACGGUGAGAAGAAUUAUAAACAAGUGUUUCAAAUGCAAGCAACACUACGCAAAGGCACUUUGCCCAAUGAUGGCCGCUCUUCCCGGUUACCGUCUGAAGCCUUUCUACCCCGCCUUUACACACACCGGAGUAGACUUCUUUGGCCCGUACAACGUAACGAUAUUCAGACGGAAGGUAAAACGCUGGGCCUGUUUAUUUACUUGCAUGUCAUCAAGAGCCGUGCACCUGGAAAAAUCAUACUCUCUUGACACUUCCUCCUUCAUCAACUGCAUCAGUCACUUCGAAGAUCGCCGUACAACCCCGAAACAUUAUCCCAGUGAUAAUGGCACGAACUUUGUUGGAGCUCUGCGUGAAUUUUCCGAGUGUCUCCGUCGGAUGGAACAGCUAGCCAUUCAAGAUGGGCGAAAACGAAGAACGGUGACUUGGAGUUUCAACCCACCUGCCGCGCCAUAUUUUGAUGGAACCUGGGAACGUCUAGUUCAAUCGUCAAAACGUGCCUUAAGAUUCGUACUAAACGAGCAAACUCUGACUGACGAUACUUUAAUCACCACGCUAAUUCAAGUCGAGAAACUUCUCAACGGCUGCCCGUUAACGUAUGUAAGCGUAAACCCGGCGGAUCCUGAACCCAUUACGCCAAAUCAUCUUCUCCUUCGACACGAAAAUCCGUACAUACCUUUUGAUUUGUUCAACGAAAACGAUAUGACGACCAAUAGGAAGUACCGCAUUGCUCAGUACUUAACUGAUUGUUUCUGGAGACGUUGGAUGAGAGAGUAUCUUCCCAGCCUUACGGAACGACGAAAAUGGCUACAUGGACAAAAGAAUCUCAACGUUGGCGACAUCGUGAUCGUUAUCGAGCCAGAUACACCCCGUGGAGAAUGGCCAAUCGCUCGUGUCGUCAAGGUUUUUCCGGCCCAGAUGGCGUAG